UCUAACAUAAAUAUAUCCAUGAAUCACCUGGGUGUGUUUAUAAAACGAUAUGACAUAGUUUUACAGAGAGAUGUGAAGCCACAAAUUAAUUUGUUUAAUGGAUGCAUUUCUUUUUUCUUUUUUUUUGACAGUUCUGCAAGAACAUGCAUAUUUCACGAGUUUCUUGCAAGACAUAAAAUGAGGUUUGAGGCAGUUUAUGCAAAGUUUUUAAAAGAGCGUGCAUUUUGAAUGACAAAUACGCUUUGGUAUAAAUGAAACACGACACGAUGUGAUUCGGUUCAAUGAGAAGGCUGUGAUACGCUUAUGAGAUCACCGACUAAAAUCAGGAUGGAAAUCAUGUUGACUUUUCUUCUGAUCACGGCAAUGAUUGGCCAAGGUCAGUCAUGGAACAACUAUGGAGUAAGCUUCAUCACAGUAUUCCCAGAAAACAUAGCCUUCUACUACGCACGUACUCCAGCCAAUGCUCUCAAUAUCACUGCUCUCUUUCCCGGCACCAAGGUGGAAGUCUUCGUCUCAGAGGUAUUGACAUACACAGACACACUGCCAGCAGGAAAGCCCGUAACUGUGACCCUGCCACUGGAUACUGAGGAAUACCGCCUCGGAUUUACUUUUCGGACUGUCAGAGUCAGCAGCACGGAGUUCAUCGUGGUGCAAUCAAUCAGCAAGAAAGGAGACAGUGUGCAAACUAAUGUUGUUCAUCCUCUGAAAAAUCACGGUACGUUGUAUACCAUCCCCUCACUGAAUUACAGCCAUAUGAUUAAUACUUUUUAUCAGUCAGCAAGAAGUGUCAGCAAGAGAAACAGCUCUUUCAGGCUGGUUAUUAUCAAUGGAGAAUAUUGGACUAAUUAUGUCACAAUUGUAAAACUACCUAGAAACGAUACGUACACACUCUAUGCAUAUGAAGCUCUCCAGCUCCAAACCGACGGGACAGAAACUGCGGUUUAUUCUUAUUAUAGAGUGGCAGUGAUCCUGACCCAUCCUUGUGUAGAAACAGAAAAAUGCAGAUGCAACAUGCUACUGAACCAACUUUAUCCCGACACUCUGCAGGAUAGCAGAUUCGUCGUACCCUCAAUACUCAACACCAGCAAUUUUUGGCUACAUGUGACGUCCUCAGUGAAAACCAACGUCAGUGGCGGGGACAUAGAAUUGAGUACUGUGGAUGCCUAUUCCUCAAAACUCCUGUCCCUUCCAUCUCUGGAGUUUGGAUCCCAGUUCAUCAACACAUCUUUUCCUGCUUCCCUCCAGCUUUUCGGUCCAGGCAUCAUAAUUGAACCGAUCUCACAAUAUAUGUUCUCUGCGUGCUAUCUAGCGCUGAUCAGCUCAACAGAUGCCAAGGCCUUAAUCAUAGCAGAGACAAACUCCAGGGAUAGUGUGUAUAUAGAUGGUGAUUUGCUUUUAUCCACUGCAUGGAGCACCAUCGCCAAUUCGGUGUACUCAUCGGUGUUAGUGCCUCUUGAUGACACGCGCGUCAUUUGGCAUCCGUCCACAAAGAUCGCCGUGUACGUGUUUGAGAAGAGCACACAUGUGUAUGGAGGCCCGGCUAUAGCUUUAAGCGACAAGUCAGACCCUUUAGGCUGUGUAUUGGUUCCUUCUAAGUUUGAAAUCAUCGUCACACCUCAAACCUGGCCUGAAUCCCAUCAGUACUGUAAGCUCAUAAGUGACGAGCUAUUCAGUCCCAGGAAUGAAGCGGCUCAUGCGGAGAUGGCCAGCAUUCUGAGUACUGACAGUAUGAAUGAGAGGUUCUGGAUCGGCGUGCGUCGCAGUCUGCUGAAUUUAGACUGGUACCGGCAGAAGGGUAACAGCUCACACAACUUGUCAUACACGCGGUGGGGAACCGGGGAGCCAGGUGUUGCUGUGAAGGGCAUGUGUGCUUCAGUAUUCCCAAACCCAAGCAUGGAUUUCCAAUGGGAAACUACACAAUGCUGUACUCUACUGAAGUCUGUCUGCUACACAAGGGCUCAGUACUUUCCUCUGCACUUUCCGAUCUCAGAUGAGACGUCAAAUGAGUCAAAUCGUAAUAGUAAUUCUAAUGCUCAAAAAAAUAAAGUUGAAUAAUAAAAACUGGCCAAAGAAAACAACUUGGCAGAAUUUAGUUUAUAAUACAUCAUUAAAUGAUAUACUGCUAAUAUACAAACUUCAUUAACCCUCAUGUUGUGUUCCACCCAGGGAUGAUAUUCUUUUUCCCAAAAAUGCUUGUUAAUGUUAUUGCAUUAGACAAAAACCUACUGAAUAAUAGCAUGUAGAAAUUAAGUGUCCACUCAAAGACUGAGGUGUAUAAACUCAGAUCAUCGAGGCCUACAAUCAGUCAGUUCCAAAAAGAAAUAAAAAAAUCUGUGCUAAGUAAAAGAAAAAACAAGUUGACAAAAGACUGACUUCAAGUUUUGGUGAUAAUAUAGCUUACUGAGAGAUUUUACAAGCAGUAUUUUAAAUGCUGGUGGUUUUUGAAUGGUUUUCAGCACAGCGCAUUGGUUAAAAUCAAAAUAACAGUAGUUUAUGCUAGUAAAUAGGAAAGAGUAAAGAUGUUAAAAUCACAUAUGGGAAGAUGUGAAGUUGUUUUGCCACAAAUACCUGAAGAAAGUUCACAUUGCUAUUAUAACCAUGAAUGCUGUACAUAGCCUAGAUUUUAUUCACAAUGUCCACACUGUUUAUCUAGAAACAUUACUUUAUUAUUUGUUAUUAGCACUUUACAUUUCCAAAAUAGAGAUAUAUACUUUCAAAAAAGAAAGAUUAUAAGAUACAUUAAAACAUAUCUUGAAAACAAUCUGCAUAUUUUUUCCAAAUAAACCAACUUUC